UCUGAGCUCUCUAAGUAAGCUUAACUUGAGAAAAAUGAAAGUCAUUUCAACCAAGAAGUUUAUUCUGUUUGCUUUAGCUACAGUGGUCUUUCUCACAUCCAACAGCAUGUGCCUAAAUGAAGCAAUGAAGUCCAGGCUGCAGAGCAGAGAAGACAAUGAUGAUAAAGAUUAUGAGAUUAAAGAUAAUAUUUUGGAAGAAAAGCAGAGGAGUCUCAAUUUUGAAGAAAUGGAAGACUGGGGAUCAAAAGAUAUCAUCAAAAUGAACCCUUUUACAGCAAGCAAGAUGCCAAAUUCAGUUGCUAAUUUACCUCUUAGAUUUGGAAGAAAUUAUCCAGAAGAAAGAAGCAUUAAACCAUUUUCAAAUUUGCCCCUGAGAUUUGGAAGAGCUUUUGGAGAGAACACACCUAAUCAUUCUCCAAGGGUAUCACACAGGCUUGAGAGAUCUCCACUUGUUAAAGGCUCCAGUCAAUCACUUCUAAAUUUGCCACAGAGAUUUGGGAAGUCACUGGCUGUCAAUCUGCCUCAAGACAUUCAGGAAUUCGAACCAGGGAUAUGAAUUCUAACACUUACGUUAAUACUGGAAUGAAAUUAUGAAGACAGAAUCUGAAAGACUUGGAAAAGCUGCAAUGUGCUUUCAAAACUAAAGGUCAUCAAAAGGAAAUGUGUGAAUUGAAAUGCAAACCUGCCUUCAUGUAUGCAUAAUGUCUUUUUUUCUGUACACAUAAGGCAAUGAUAAUUGUAGUGAUUGUUGUGGUAGUUUGCUUCAGUGGUGGUCUAGUAUAAUUCUAUUUAUUUCUGUGCUACUUAUGUCCUAUUGGCUAUAAAACCGAAUUUCAGAACAAUGGCUGUGUAAUUUACAGCAUUUAAAGCAGAAUUUUAAAAAGCAUAAAAUUAAUAAAGGUGCAUGGUUCAAAUAAAAAGAA